UCAAAUUGUGGUUAUAUUUUCUUGCUGCUUUCAAUAAUUAAAAAAAUAAGUACUUAAGUACUUUUGUAAGUAAAAUCAUGGCUAAGCAUCAUCCAGAUCUCAUUUUUUGUAGAAAACAACCUGGAGUCGCUAUAGGUCGUUUAUGUGAAAAAUGCGAUGGAAAAUGUGUUAUUUGCGAUUCAUAUGUGCGUCCUUGCACACUGGUUCGUAUUUGUGACGAAUGUAACUACGGUUCGUACCAGGGGCGGUGUGUUAUUUGUGGCGGUCCCGGCGUCUCUGAUGCCUACUACUGCAAAGAAUGUACGAUUCAAGAAAAAGACAGGGAUGGUUGUCCAAAGAUUGUCAACUUGGGUAGUUCAAAGACUGAUCUGUUUUACGAAAGAAAAAAAUAUGGAUUCCGGAAGCAUUAGCAAGCUUCUGCUUUAAAAGACUUACAGUGAAUUAAUAAAAUGUGAAUGAUAUGGUAUUGUUUGCAUUAUUUUAUAGAUAAGAAUUUUUCACAACUGGUAAAAUAAUGAAAAGUUCAACAUUUUGUUGACAUUCUCAUUAUUUGUCGUCAUCAAGAUGAACUUGACAAUUUGUCUGUUUUUUUUUAAGUAAAUAAGUUUUCAUUACAAAUUCAAGUGUAACACUAUCAUUGCAAGUAAUUGAUGGUAUUCCAUAGUUUUAAGAAAUUAAA